UUGCCUCCGCAGGUCGCCGAGCUGCUCUUCGGGACGGCCGCGGCCGCCGGGCUCCGGUACGACUGCGUGUGCGGCGUCCCGUACACGGCGCUGCCCCUGGCCACCAUCCUCUGCGCCGAGCACCAGGUUCCCAUGCUCAUACGGCGGAAGGAGGCGAAGGACUACGGUACUAAGCGGAUGGUAGAAGGCAUCAUUAAUCCAGGAGAAACAUGCUUGAUCAUUGAAGAUGUGGUAACAAGUGGAUCUAGUGUACUGGAAACUGCAGAAGUUCUUCAGAAGGAAGGUUUAAAGGUCACAGAUGCCAUAGUGCUGUUGGACAGAGGGCAGGGUGGCAAGGCCAGGCUAGAGGAACGUGGGAUUCGCCUGCACUCUGUGUGCACAUUGUCCAGGUUGCUGGAGAUUCUCCAGCAGCAAGGAGAAGUGGCUGUUGAGAUGGUUGAAAACGUGAAGAAGUUCAUUCAGGAAAACAUGUUUGAGCCCGUGGCUCAGAACGGCCUCGCCCCUGUGAAGAGCCCACGCAGAGAGCUGAGCUUCAGCGCUCGUGCUGAGCUGCCAGGGGUCCAUCCUGCUGCAGCCAGGCUUCUCACCCUCAUGGAGAAGAAGCAAACCAACCUGUGCUUUUCCGCUGAUGUCACCAGCUCUAAAGAGCUGCUGCAGUUAGCUGCCACCCUGGGCCCCAGCAUCUGUAUCCUGAAGACUCACAUAGACAUCCUGAAUGAUUUCAGCCAAGAGGUAGUAAAGGAAUUGAGAGCACUCGCAGAUCGACAUGAAUUCCUGAUUUUUGAGGACAGGAAAUUUGCAGACAUUGGCAACACAGUAAAACAUCAAUAUGAAGGUGGUGUGUUCAGAAUCGUGUCCUGGUCGGACAUCAUUAAUGCCCACGUGGUUCCAGGCUCUGGAGUUGUGAGAGGUCUGAAGGAAGUAGGUCUUCCCCUCCAGCGUGGCUGUCUUCUUGUCGCUGAGAUGAGCUCCCAAGGGUCCCUUGCAACGGGUGAAUACACGAAAGCUGCAGUACAGAUGGCUGAAGACAACUCUGAUUUCGUCUUUGGAUUCAUAUCUGGAUCUAGAGUUAGUGAUAAACCAGAAUUUCUUCACUUAACUCCAGGGGUGCAGCUACAAACUGGAGGUGAUAACCUUGGACAGAAGUACCUAAGCCCCAAAGAAGUUAUUGGUGAAAAAGGUUCAGAUAUCAUCAUUGUGGGACGUGGCAUCUUGUCAGCUUCGGACCAUCUUCGAGAAGCAGAGAAGUACAGGAAGGCAGCCUGGGAGAGCUACAUAAGCAGACUUGGUAUUUGUGCAGAAGAUUGAAAGAGGUCACUUCCCUAGUCAAUAAGCAAAGCAGAUG